GCGUCGGUCCCGUCCCGUCUCCCGAGCACAGGAUAAUGUUUGACAACCAGCGUUAGUCACAGUAUUGUCCGUGCACUGCCGCUCUGUCUCACUGUCCCCGGCUUUCAUAUUUCAGAUGAGGAUGAUGCUGGUGAUGAAGUCUGCGGCGGGAAACAUGUCUGUUAUCGCCUCGGCUUUGUGGCUCCUUGCCGUCGUCCUCUGCUCAUCUCCGGUCAGCGGGAAUGAGGACUGUUUGUGGUACGUGGAUAAAAACGGCACCUGGCACAACGGCUUCGACUGCCCUCUCAUCACGUUCUGCUGCGGGAACUGCCACCGGCGCUACUGCUGUCUGGACGCCUUCAAGAUGAUCACAGAGCGGGAGCAGAAACGCUGCAUGCUCUUCCAGUUCAGCCCGACGACUUUAGCCGGCAUCGCCUCCUCCGUUCUCCUGUUUGUGGCCAUCAUUGCGACCAUGGUCUGUUGCUUCAUGUGCUCCUGUUGUUACCUCUACCAGAGAAGGCAGCAGAGGGGCAGGACACCUUAUGAGGCCCAACAGAUCCCCAUGGCCAGCUACCCAGUGGAGCCCAUGUAUGACGCUUAUGGAAAGCCAUUAGGACCCUCUGAGUAUCCACAUGCAGGUUAUCCAAUGGCACCGCAGUAUCCAGGUAUGCCUCCACAGUACCCAAUGAUGCAGCCCGGACCGUAUCAUCCACACCUGAUGGAUCCUGCAUACAGCCAGGCCCCUCCACCUUACUCUCCACCUCAGUAUCCUGGUCAUUGAUGGGCUCGUCUACACACGUGCACGCACAUACACCCACACACACACAGACAUACGCGCAUACACAGUGGGAAACAACGGCAACAGAGGGAAAUGACUGUUUGAAAAGGAGACGGCAGCCCCACUCUCUCUCACAUACACACUCAUACACACUAAUAAAUGCUACAGUUUGACUAGCAGUGGUUCGCCUGUAAAAGCUAACAGGAGGCACUUUAAGGGUUUUAUUUUUAUGUUUAUUUACAACGUUGUCCUACUUUUCUGGAGGAUUUACAUAAGUCACAUUGUGUUCUGCAACCUGACGCCUGAUCGCUCCCAGCGAGUUUCACAGAGGGUGUCACACAUCCCCAAAGUGAGGAGGUAUCCGGCUGCCGUCACGACACUCUGCUGCUCUGACGCGCUCACCUCAGUGACUGGGCGUCACCUGAAGACAGGGCUCAUUAUUGUGUAAAAGAGGAGUCAGAAGGGAUUUACAAAAAUGUUCAUUGACUCCCUCUUUAUUUAUUAAAGGGAAAAAAAUACUUCCCCACUUUCGUUAAAUUUGAAUAAAUUGAUUACUGCCUAAGGACACAUUCCAGGUCAUCUCGACCCACAUUCUCCCAAUAUGAUUACAUGAUGUCUUUUAUCUGUAUUAGAUGUUUCUUUUGUAAUGUGGUGGAGGCUAAAGGGAGGCAUGUUUGAUUCAAAGCUAAGGUGAUGUGUCUGGAUCGUAGGCAGUGUGAAGCUGCCUUUACAUCACUUAGAUGGCUCAGUGGAUUUUUCGGUACUUCUAAUCCUCUGCAAGAAGCCUUUAGUCGCCUCUUUGACUCUUCUUUUUCAUGUCUGACUCGACUCCUUGCUUCAAGGUUGUGCAUUAGCUGCGUUAUUCUAAUGUAACAUCCCAACAUCAGCAUGCUACCCAAACAUCUGUCUUCUCCUGCUUAUUUUCCUUCUUCUUUAUACAAAUUAAAAAUUUAUCUCUAGAUUAAUCCUGAUUAACAUGCCAGAUAGGAUGUUUUUACAGUGAAAUCCAUGUUAAAUGUUUUAUUUCUUGUAACAUAUCAGGUCAGGGGAACUGCAGGUCAUGCUGCUGGAUUAAAACAAAAUGUCCCGCCUUACAAUAAUUAACCGUGAAGAGAGGAGGAGAAGGAAAAAAAGAGAUUAACUAUUUAAAAAAAUAUUUUGUAAAUCUGUUCUUCAGCUGAAUAUUUUAUGAUAUUGUAACAAGUUAUUUUAAACCUGUAAUGUUAUUGUAACAUAAGAUAUGAUGUUUUAAACAUUUUGGCAUCUUUCCAUUUGGUAUUUAUUAUUAUUAUUGAGGUCACCUUUUACUGUGAACGGGUUCUUCUCACCUUCUGGAGAAGCUACAAAGCCAAAAAUCACUACCGUUCAAAAAGUUGAUCUGGUUGACCUCUAUUAUUGACCUCUCCAUGAAGGAAUAGCUGGGACAUUUUGGGAGAUAUUCUUAGUUGUUUUCUUGCCAAGAGUUAGUUAGAUGGUAAAUAUAAAGGUUAUAUUUACAGCACAGAA